ACGCUUUAUCUCACUCGCGCAAAGUUUGAUAUUGCAGUUUGAAGGUUGGGAUUACGUCCGGCGACUGAGAUUCGAUAACGGUUGUGCAUAUAUAGAUAAUGAAUAAGAUGUAAUUACCGGUUUCUGAUCGUCGUCCAAUGAAUCAAAAGUUUGCUUAUGAGAAGAAUUCAUCAAACAGAGCAUGGGAUGACGCUAUCACCACAGAUGUGAAGAACUUUAAUCAAAAAAAUUCUAAUGAUACAUCAAUAGCAUAUAAACAAACAAGUGGUCAACGCAAUGAAUUCAAUACAAAAACUCACAAAGAAUCUAUUUACUCUGAUACCUGGUUAACAGGAUCUAAUCGUUCUUUACCUAAUGGACAUGAAAACUACCAUAAUUUGGAUGAUAAUAACACAACUGACAGUACAGGAAGUGAUGAUGACGCUGAAGAUGAAGAUUGGGUAGCUUCUGAUUAUGAUAAAAAGCGUUCUAGUCGUGCUUCUCGAACACAAACUACUAGUUCACGUAAAACUCUAAAUGGUUGCAGUUCACAUCGAAAAACCUCUUAUACUACAGAUCGUUCUCAACGUAGGUUUGGUGGAAGUUUAUCAAGAACAAAUCACUACAACUCUGGAAGUAAUCGUAUUGUUUCUUCGAAUAAAUCGUCUUCCAAAUCUACCAGUCGACCAAAGAAUAUUAAUCGAACAGUUCAUACCUCAUCGUCUAGUCGUAAAGUGAAUAAUACACGCCGAACAGAUAAAGCUGAAAAGGCUGAUACUAAUCCACAGAAAGUGUCUGAUCCAUUAAUACCCAAUGAAUUAAAAAAUCCUCGACAAUGUUUUGGUCCUGGAUGUACUCGACCUGCAGCACGGCCAGAUACGAAAUAUUGUUCUCAUGAAUGUGGUUUAAAACUUGCUAUCAGACGCUUGGAAACCUUAUUACCAGAAAGUUUUAAGACUUGGUAUCCUGAUCUACUAUCAAAGGAUAGGAAUACACUUUCAGAGUUAGUAAAAUUACCUGAUUGUAUGGCUACUGUUAUUGAUAAAUCACGUCUUGAAGAGAUUAGUAAAGAACAGUGUGCAGUACAUAAUCGAUUAAUUGAACUAGAAAUGGAGCAUCAAAAACUGACAACACUUAUCAAUCAUGCUCAAGAACGUAAAACUGGACGAAAUAACGAACAAAUGCUCGCUGCAGUUGCUCAAGAUGUUGAACAAGUUGAACAGAUGGAGCCCAUAGUAUGUGUUACGUGUUCAGCUGAAAUUAGCAUGCGACAUGCUUUAAAGCAUAUGGAGAAAUGUUUUCAAAAGAUGGAGGGGAACACUGUAUUCUGUGCUAAUCAAAAAGAACAAAUUAUGGGUACACCAUUAUUUUGUGAUGCAUAUGAUUCACAAGCUAGAGCCUAUUGUAAACGAUUACGUGUUGUCUGUGAACAUUAUAAAGAACCAAAAUUGCCAGCAGAUACAGUGUGUGGUUCACCACUUGUACGUAAUGUAUUUGAAGAAACUGGUGAAUUUUGUUGUGUACCACGGAAUAAAUGUACUAAACAUGUUGGUUGGGAACGUCUACGUAGAGCUAAAAUAGAUUUGGAACGAUAUCGUUGUCUGAUACAAAUGGAUGAAUUGAUGCAAGAAGAACAAAGAUUACAACGCGCAAUGUCUCAACGUGGUGGUAUACUUGGUAUUCUAUUACACCAAACUAUUGAUCAUAAUCCUCAAAAACCAAUUCCUAUCCCAAAAGAUGUUAAGAGAUCUUUAAAAAUUGAAAUUUAAUCAGAUAUAUCGUUAUCGAAGAAUGAAGGAAUUUGAUUGACUUGUACACAGAAUACUUCUAUUGUCAGUAAUUUAGUCUCCAUCUCCUCUCUUCUUAUGAUUCCCUUCUCUAUAAAUACUUGUCACUUUACAAUUACUUCAAAACUAUUAUUAACUUUUAUAUUACAUUUACUUCACUAUACAAAGCACUCACUUUCUAGGCAUAUCUCUGAACAUUAUCCUGCAUGGUUGUCAAAGGGAGAAUGUAGAUCAAUUAACAGUUCAAUUCCUUGAAAAUUUGAUCAACUCUGGACAUGUAGCUGUAACUGAGUCCUCCUUAAGUGUCAUUUACAAACUGAUAACUGAUAAAUUGCGCACAGGUGCAUCGACUCAAGUAUCUACAUUUCACAGUAGUACACAAAUAGCAGAUGAAUAGAAAAUGGAGUAGGAGAAUAAACAUUCUGAAGGUAAAGUUACCCACCUGCCACUUGUAGGAAUUGAUUGUUAUGCUAUUCAAGGAAGGGCAGUGAAAAAUCUCGGUGAAAAUGUUACCUAGACCAAGAACAAUUUGGGUAGAUGAUUGGCGUGGAUAUGCUUCAAUGUGUCAGUUACUUGGUUGAUCCAACACAAAGUUCAACAAAACAUUAUGGAAGAAGAAGCAGAAGUAUUUCAUAUCCCGAUGGGUAUGUUUCACACAUUCAGUAACUAUAUGGAUCGUAUGAAAAGAUUAAAGAAUAUGAUUAAAAACUAGACGAAUUGAUGAAAUGUAACAGACCAAUUGUGUACUGAUAUAAUGAAUUGAAGCUUGUCGUUAAAACUAUUAUCGAAAUUUUGUAGAAGCAGUGAAAAAGGUCCAGUCGGAAAAUGAUGGAUAUCAUGAAAGAAGAAUGUUUCAUCUCUCCUGGCAACCUUACAUUUUAUUCUUUCUCGAAAACUAAAAAAAACACGUUUGGAAUGUAAACAUUUUUAAAAAUCUCAACUGUGUAUAUCUGCUGUAGAGUACAUAUAUGAUAAAAAUAUUUUCCAGUCUGUAUUCUUGCACAACCCAUGAUGACUGGAGUGAACCUAGCAAUUGGGUAUCGUAGCUGUCAAUUGGUAGGGUAUCGGGUCAGUAACUCGUAGACCAUCGAUUUGGUUCCUACUAUGAUUUCGAGUUUUUAUUUCACCUUCAAUCAUCACCCAUUUUCAGUCUCUAUUCGGUCAAAUAUUCCACUUUUACAACUUCUUAAAGUAGCGCAGGUCUUGGAUAGUUUUCUCUUCUACCUUAGUCAUAACUUUAGUUUGUCCGAUUUCGAUGUAAAUUUCAUUACAGAUGACAGUUUGAAUAAGAAUAAUUGGAGCG